CCGUCCGGAGGCCCAGUGACACCCGGGCCCGCUCAGGCACUCCGGACUUGCCCGCGGUUUGCAGCAGCGGGAGGGAGCCGGAGCUUGCGGACCGUCCCUGGGUAUCGUGAAGGAGGCCGACCCCCUGCUCGCCCCCCGCCAUGGCAGCGCCCUCGCGGCUCCUGAUCCGCGGGGGCCGCGUGGUCAACGACGACCUCUCGCAGGUGGCCGACGUGCUGGUGGAGGACGGCGUGGUGCGGGCGCUCGGGCGCGACCUGCUGCCGCCCGGGGCAGCGCCCGCCGGGCUGCGGGUCCUGGACGCGGCGGGCAAGCUCGUCCUGCCCGGCGGCAUCGACACGCACACUCACAUGCAGUUCCCCUUCAUGGGCACGAGGUCCGUGGACGACUUCUACCAGGGCACCAAGGCCGCCCUGGCAGGGGGCACCACCAUGAUCAUCGAUUUUGCCAUUCCUCAGAAGGGCGGCUCCCUCGUCGAGGCCUUCGAGACCUGGCGGAGCUGGGCGGACCCCAAGGUCUGCUGCGACUACAGCCUUCACGUGGCGGUGACCUGGUGGAGUGACCAGGUUAAGGAAGAAAUGAAAGUCCUCACUGAAGAAAAGGGCGUGAACUCCUUCAAGAUGUUCAUGGCCUACAAAGAUGUGUACAUGGUGCGGGACGCGGAGCUGCACGCCGCCUUCUCCCGGUGCAAGGAGAUCGGAGCCAUCGCCCAGGUGCACGCGGAAAACGGAGACCUGAUCGCAGAGGGAGCAAAGAAGAUGUUGGCGUUGGGCAUAACAGGCCCCGAGGGCCACGAGCUGUGCCGCCCAGAAGCGGUGGAGGCCGAGGCCACAAUGAGAGCCAUCACCAUCGCCAGCGCCGCCAACUGCCCUCUGUACGUCGUGCAUGUGAUGAGCAAGUCUGCGGCCAAGGUGAUAGCGGAUGCGAGGAGAGAUGGGGAGGUGGUCUACGGAGAGCCCAUCGCUGCGAGCCUGGGCACCGACGGCACGCACUACUGGAGCAGAGACUGGCGCCACGCGGCCCACCACGUCAUGGGACCGCCCCUGAGACCGGACCCUUCGACGCCUGACUACCUCAUGAAUCUCUUGGCUAAUGGUGAUCUGACCACCACGGGGACGGACCACUGUACCUUCAACACCUGCCAGAAAGCCCUUGGGAAAGACGAUUUUACCAAGAUUCCUAAUGGGGUGAAUGGGGUCGAGGACCGGAUGUCAGUGAUAUGGGAAAAAGGCGUGCACAGUGGUAAAAUGGAUGAAAACCGAUUCGUGGCGGUUACCAGCACGAAUGCAGCUAAAAUCUUCAAUCUCUAUCCAAGAAAAGGAAGAAUAGCUGUAGGAUCAGAUGCUGACAUUGUGAUUUGGGACCCAAAAGCUACAAGGAUUAUCUCGGCAACGACUCACCAUCAGGCCGUCAACUUCAACAUCUUCGAGGGCAUGGUUUGCCACGGGGUGCCCCUGGCGACGAUUUCCAGAGGCAAAGUGGUGUACGAAGCUGGAGUCUUCAAUGUCGCAGCGGGAGAUGGGAAGUACAUCCCUUGCAAGCCGUUUGCUGAGUAUGUUUACAACAGGAUCAAGCAGCGGGACCAGACUUGUGCACCUACCCCCGUGGAGCGUGACCCCUACGAGGGAGAAGUUAUCGUCCUACAAUAGAGAGAAACAGAAGAAUCCACAGCUGGCACCUACCCCUGGCUGGAGUGCUGUUGGUGGAGGAAGAAAGUAUUCCUGCAUGGGCAACAUAUAAAAUUAGCGUCUCUCUCUUCAUAAGCAUUUGAAGAGUCCACGGUCCCAUGGUCAAGGUCAAAGGCUUCAAAGUGAUAUACAACUCAAGGACUAUUGUUCAAAGGGAAGACUGAUAAAAUACUUCUUGACACAGAACACCCAGAUGAGCCUCCAGACUGAAGGAGGCCCUGGGCUAGAGACGCGUUCUCGGGGAUGUUAGGACACAGUCGACAGCGCUGCGGGGAAUCAGACACAAGCAGGAAGCAGUAGGCUGGUAACGCAGCCCACCUGUUGUUGAGGAACACUGCCCUGCCUAACACAGGGAGUACGAUUUCCUGGUCCAAUUUAUAAAUUGAUGAAGACUUUGUCUGGAAAAGCCAAUCUUCAUACUGUAAAGGCAACUUAUUCUAGAAUUUAGAGUGAAUGAAAAAAUGAGUCAUGUGGCUUUUGGGGGUAUAAUUGUUUUCAGGAAAAUUAUUUGAUGAUACAUGAUGUACUUUAUUUCACACUUAAUUUUUGGAAUGAUAUUAUAGACAUGGUCAUUCUUAAAUAAGUGUUUUUGCCCUUC